GUUAAAUUGCUUUAAUUGCCCAAAGGAUAAUAUGUGCUUGAAUCAAAAGAUUGAAGACGUUUGGCAAAAGUGCAAAGCCAUAACAGACGGCCUGACUGAAAACAUAAACAAACAAGGAAACACAAUUGCCCAAUUGACCACGACAAUAACCAGACAAGAAGAGAAAAAUCUGAAUCUUACAAUUCAAACUCAAAACUUGGAGGCGUCCAUCGUUGAACUUUACCAAUAUCGUCAACAGAAUCGUUCAAACAUAGGACCAUCUGCAUGGUACUUUUAUGGAAACUAUAUAACAAACAGAGAAACAUAUUUAGAGAGUGCAGCCAGAAGGGCAUGGGUAGAUUCUGAAAUUGAUUUACCACGAGGGACAUUAACAGGUUUUGUAGUAUAUCUUCAACCUGAGUUCACCGAAAACACAAAAACGAGACUUCAGAUAUGGCGCAGGAUACCUCCAAGGAAUGAAAGAUUUUUAUUAGUCUGGGAAAAAGAAGUGAGAUUUUUGAAAAGUAAAACUGGAUUGGUCGAGGUUUACCUGUCAAUAUCAGAACGAUUUCGUACCACUAGUGGAGAUAAAAUAGGAUGGACUUAUGAAGGAGAUAUUGGCCCUAUUAGUUUAUCCUAUGGACAGAACCAUUUGACAUACUUCUUACCAUUGGAUAAUGGUCCGAACCCACAAAUAGGACGCGAAUAUAACUUUGAAUCUUCUCCCUUGAAGGCUAUAUUUUCAAUAGGAGUACUGAUCGAUACAAACAUUAAAGGUCCUACUGGAGCAACAGGACCAAGUGGUCCCACUGGAGCUACAGGACGAAGUGGACCCAUUGGAGCUACAGGGCAGUUUGGCGGAGUUGGGCCAACUGGAGCAACGGGACAGAGUGGCCCCACUGGAGCUACAGGACCAGAAGGACCUCGUGGAGCUAGAGGAUACUUUGGAGAUCGUGGAGCUACAGGACGAACUGGACCUCGUGGAGCCAGAGGAUACUUUGGAGAUCGUGGAGCUACAGGACGAACUGGACCCAUUGGAGCUGCAGGACCGUCUGGGUCAACAGGAGCAACAGGACCGAGUGGCCCCACAGGAGCAACAGGACCGAUUGGCUCCACAGGGGCUACAGGACCGAUUGGCUCCACAGGAGCUACAGGACCAGGAGGGCCAAUUGGAGGUAUAGGACCAACUGGACAAGCAGAAAUAACAGGGAACUGGACCGGCUAUUCCAUGUGUGACGGGCUGGGGUACAAUACAACGAUGGAAUUACAGACAAUGGGGUCUUCUGUCGCACAGUGGUUUUCGGUUUCGGGCAAUCUGAGCUUCUCAAAAUCGCCACAUGGGAAAAGGGUUAUUCAUGAAAUAACAGGUGUUUAUUACACAGAGACAAAGAUGUUCAUUAUGUAUGCUGGUCCCAGGUGGAUUGAAAAACCGGAUGACUGGUCCUCGAUGUUUCAAUUCCAAAGUUGUUUCUACAGGGAGGAGUCUCAAACGAUUGAAGUUCAGUUUAGCGCAAAUGCUGUUUGUACAACACCACCAGUAACAAUGAACAAACGUAUAUAGUACACGCAAUUUAACAUAAUGAUUGGCUGACUGGAAUGUGUAUCAGGGAGCUAAGGACAAAUAAUUUUAAAAACAUGUUGUAUCAGUGAACUUACCGUCUGCGAAAAGCAGAAAUUGAACAAUUAAUUAAUCCGUCUUUGUACAAUAAGUUACUAUCAUAUGCCUCGUGCUUAUAUUAGUGCGACUGGUGUCAUUUAUUUAACAAUAACAUGGUUAUGAUAACAAGGUAUCUAUC